AAGAGCGAAAGUGGCCGGUUGCGCUUCCCCACCCAUCAUAAGAACAUAGUUCCGGGUUCUUCUCAGCCGAGAGCUGCUCGCUGCCGUCGCUCUUCUCUAUUCGCCACGCUCAUAAGGAAGGAUCAUGUCGCUUUUAAUGGAAAAUCAGUUCGGUGAACUGCCCCCUGACAAGGCGAUCGACACGAAGACAUUCCUGGACACUGUCUCUCAUAUCCCUGCGUUUUUUGACUGCUUGGGAUCAAAAGUGUUUACAAUCAUCAAAUCAGACAUUAACGGCAAUAUAACGAAAAUUAGAGCGGUAUAUGUCACUAAUCCCGCAAAGUACACCACCCUGGAGGACAUCCUGGUGGCAGAGCGAGAAGCCCAUGGAGCAGAGUGGCCUAAAGUUGGAGCAACGUUAGCUCUGAUGUGGCUGAAGAGGGGUCUCCGUUUCAUCCAGAUUCUGCUCCAGAGUUUGGCAGACGGGGACAGAGAUGAGAACAACCCCAACCUCAUUCGGGUUAAUAUCACCAAAGCCUAUGAGCAGGCACUGAAGCGAUACCACGGCUGGAUUGUUCAAAAGAUUUUCAAUGCUGCGUUACUUGCAGCUCCCUACAGAUCAAACUUUCUGAAGGCUCUGUCGAAAGGAGAGGAAGUGAAAGAGGAGGACUGUCUGGCAAACUUGCGUCAGUUCCUGGUUAAUUACACAGCCACUAUAGAUGCCAUCUACGAGAUGUACACAAAUCUAAACGCCGAGCUGAACUACACCGUUUGAUGUCCCGGCACAUGGCUGGACCAGACGCGCAGGAGUGUCCUGCAUCACUCUCAGGUUUCACAGACGUCCAGUUGUUUUUAUUAGGACUGUUUUUUUUUGUGUCCCUCCUUGGGUUGUAUUUAUUACUUUGAUGAUGCAGUAAUCAUUGCUAGCACUGUGAAUUUGCUCUCGAGAUGAUGCCUUAAUAAAAUGCAUUUUAAAGUCUUUUUUUUUUGUUUGUUUGUUUGUUUGUUGUUGUUAUUUUAUUUCAGCUUACUACUGCAGCUUUUUAUCUUAAUUUUUGGGUGGGUUACUGCUUUAACAGACUUCUUCACCUUUAACUUUAGUUCCCAUUCGUGUCUUACAUUCAAAUGUUCUCCACCUGCAUCCAUGAGCCUGGGAAAUUAUAUAUUUUACGAUCUCGUAUUAUUAGGUUUUUAAAUUUCCGGAUUUCAGAGUGCCUUGGUGUCACUGAAUGAAUGUUUUGAAAAUAUUAAAUAUAAUAAAAUAUUAAAUAUAUAUAUUCUCAUCUAAAAGUUCACCUGUGAAGAAAAGCUAGUAGAAGUGUUUUUCUUUUUAAAUCCCUCUAAGGGCAUUUACCUCUGGAGUUUGUGCUGUUAUUGUUCAGCAGUAGGGUGUGACAUGUGUAAGCUUUGUUUGCAUUGUUGUGUGACCUGUUUAGUUCAAAUUAUGUGUCACCUGCUUUAAAACUUUUUUUUUUUAAUGUCUGAAGCUGUUUUUCAUUUUAUGUCAUACAGCUAAGUCAUGGUAAUGUGUACGUUGACUCAUUAUUUAUUCAUCAGAGGCGUGUUUUCUAACUGAAUACUUUAUAUGGUGUUUGUUUCAGAAGAAUCAUCUGUGAUCAUGUUUCUUAAAACUGACUCAAAAUUAAAUUCAGUUCCCGAAUCUUA